AUGCUCUUAAUAUUUACUUUCUGUCUGUACUUUAUGUACACUUUGGCGGCCGAAUUUACUUUGCCCGGUGAAUGUCCAAAUGUGAAGAUACAGGAAAACCUCGAUUAUACUAAGUUUUCAGGGAUGUGGUAUAAUGCUGCCAGUUACGCUAGUGACGGCAGAAAUAUAUAUGACUGCGCAUCUCUUGAUUUUCAAGAAGAUAAUCUCGGAUAUACUCUAAGAGAGACCUAUGUGGAUAUAGAUCAAGGGAAUAGGACUCAAAAGUCGUAUUUUGCCAGAGUAGAUCCAACAUUUGACGCUGGAAACAAGGCUCAGUUUAUUGUUAGCCACGAAGAUGGAGACAAGGUGCUCCAAUUUCCAUUCUUUAUUCUAGAAACGGACUAUGAUGGUUAUGCUAUAGCAUACACUUGUAAAACGUUAAAAAAGAAACUCAGAACACACUAUGUCUUCACUUGGGUGCUGACAAGAAGCAAAGAAAAGCUACAAGGAGAACUUCUCAAAAACGUCGAAAAUACAUUAUCAAAGUACACCGAAUUAGCAGAGCAUAGACAGUCUUUUAUCCUUAAAGAUUUCAAUGAAGCCAGCUGCGCUUUUACAAAUAAAUAUGAGUCUGACUUUUUUACUAGUAACUUUUGG